AAAACCAGUAGUGAUUUGUUAACCAAUGGGACAAAACGAGCUGAACCUAAUGAACGCUGUUCCAUAUAUGGAAAAUGUGAAAAUAUUUUUAAAAUAACUGAUAAUCUUCACAAUUUCAACCUUUUUCCCCUCAGGUGAUAAGUGGAAAUAGCAGGUUUAUUUUUUUUUUCUUUAUGCAAAAAAGGUUAAAUCACACAUUUAUGUGUCUUACUUUCAAUUUUUCCUUUGAGAAAUAGUAAAUCAAUUAUUUUGUCGAGUUUUAUACUUGGAUUGAGGCAGAUAUCUUAAUAAGUUUAUUUUCUUGAUAUUUUUUUUAGCUUGUUCUCUGUUCUUUCUUUUCUAUCUCAUUCUAUUUAAAGCAUGAUGUGUCAUUAGUGGUAAUUCCAAAGCAAUGUUGCUAAGAAACAACUCAUCCAUUGAAACUCAGCAGGAAACUGAUCUCUUUUUUUCAUUUAUUGUGUGUUAUUGAUCUUCUGACGUGGAUUGCAAUCAUUUGAUCUGUUUGCCUUUGCUGCAUUUCUUUUUUUUAAUGGACUGAUUGUAUUACAUGAUUGCACAAACAUCUUCAGUUGUUUCUGUAGAAUAGCUGACCUGACUCAGUUUUUUCUGCUCCAAUCUUUUGCACCAACUUCAGCCUCUGUGAUCCUGAUUUUACAAACUGAGCACAAAGGGACCGUUUCACUCACUCUGCAGGCGGGAGGCGUUACGCUGCUUCACAAGCUGAGCAUCCGUUUUAGUUUUUUUUUUUUUUUUUUCUUUAACCUGCUGCGUUUGCUCGACACCUCCAGUCCCAGAAAGGAGAGGCAGGAGCAAAGGGAGAGAAUUGCACUAAACAUGCAGAGCUGAGGCAGGCUGGAGCAGAGGUGGAGACUCUUGGAUCAGUUUUGAGCCUGUUUGUCUGUUUUUAGACAUGAGGGAUGACACAGGAAGGAACCCGGCGUUGAACUGCUGAGUCACGCUCUUGUUUGCCCAAAUGUUGUGUGAAGGCACAUCACAGCAUCCUCGGCAUCCUGCUUGAGAGUUUCUCUGAUCACGUCAGCAUCAUACAGAAGUAGAGUGCUGAUGGCACUGACAGAGCUGUUUGAGACCAGGACCCCCCCUCUGGAGACGUGGCCUUUGGAGCUUGAUGUUCUGGGAUUCCCUGAAGCUCGGGGAGCGGAAAACAGCACGGCGGAGAGAUGCUUCCACUCACAUUCCCGCAGCAGCGUCCUCCAGGGUCUGCCGUUCGGCGGGGUUCCUACAGUCCUCGCCAUCAACGUGGUGCUUUGGAUGCUGCUGCUGCUUAUCUUUUCCUGCCUGAGGAAGGCGGCAUGGGACUAUGGACGCUUGGCUUUGCUGAUGGAAAAUGACAGUCUUACAUCUUUGUUUUAUGGAGAACCAAGUGAAAAAGAGAAGUCUCCCUCAGAGACCAGCCCUUCAGACUCUGAGACCAAGGAUACGGGUUUCUGCUCGUGGCUUUUGUCUCUUUAUUAUAUGAAGGAUGGGGAGAUCCGUAGCAAAUGCGGCAUUGAUGCCGUCACGUACCUGUCCUUCCAGCGCCACAUCAUCCUGCUCAUGACGGUGGUCUCCCUGCUCUCCUUGGCCGUGAUCCUACCGGUCAACUUUUCCGGAAACCUCCUCGGAGACAGUCCUCAAAACUUUGGAAGGACAACUCUGGCCAAUGUUAGUGCAAAGGAUAAUUUUCUGUGGCUGCACAGCAUCUUCGCCCUGGUUUACUUCAUCAUCACACUGCUGUGCAUGGCUCACCACUCGAUACGCCUGGAGUACAGAGAAGAUGAGAAGGUAGCCAGGACUUUGAUGAUCACCUCCGUACCCAGAGACAUCUGUGACCCGGGACUCAUCACCAAACACUUCCAUGAGGCCUACCCCAGCUGCACAGUGACCGACAUCCGCUUUUGCUUUGAUGUUCACAAGCUGAUAAAGCUGGAUUUAGAGAGGCGCAAGGCAAUGAAAGGGAGACUGUAUUUUACCACCAAGGCCCAAAAGGAGGGAAAGAUCAUGAUCAAAACCCAUCCGUGUGCUCAGAUAUUCGGCUGUGACAUAUGUGGCUUUGAAAGGGUGGAUGCAGAGCAAUACUACAGCGAGUUGGAGGAGAAGCGGACAGAUGAGUUCAAUGCAGAGAAGAGCCGCAUCUCCUUGAAGAGGCUGGGCAUCGCCUUCGUGACUUUUCGAGACGAGAGGAUGACGGCUGUCAUCGUAAAGGACUACAGUCGUGUGCGCUGUCGCCGGAGACCCCAGCAGUCCAGCAUCACCACUGUGGUGCAGUCGCACAAAUGGGGUGUGAGCUAUGCUCCUGCCCCCAGUGACAUCAUCUGGGAAAACCUGUCAGUAUGCGGGUCUCGCUGGUGGCUGCGCUGCGUCCUCCUCAACAUCCUCCUCUUCCUGCUGCUCUUCUUCCUCACCACCCCCGCCAUCAUUGUCAACACCAUGGACAAGUUCAAUGUCACAAGGCCUGUGGAGAGUUUGAGGAGCCCAGUUAUCACCCAGUUCCUCCCAACUCUCCUGCUGUGGGCCUUUUCAGUGCUCCUGCCCUUCAUCGUCUACUACUCCGCCUUCUUUGAGUCCCACUGGACCAGGUCUGGUCAGAAUCAAGUAACGAUGCACAAGUGUUUUCUGUUGCUGGUCUUCAUGGUCAUCAUCCUCCCUUCUCUGGGUUUGUCCAGUCUGGACCUCUUCUUCACUUGGCUCUUCGAUGUCAACUUCUUAGAGGAGAAGGAAGUCAAAUUUCAGUGUGUCUUCCUUCCGGACAACGGUGCGUUUUUUGUGAACUACGUGAUCACAUCCAGUUUCAUCGGGACUUCUAUGGAGCUGCUGCGCAUACCGGCGCUGACCGUGUACGCCUUCCGGCUCUGCUUGGCGAAGUCUCAGGCCGAGCGGAUUCACGUGAAGAAGAGUCAAGCCUAUGAGUUCCAGUUUGGCCUGGAGUAUGCUUGGACUAUGUGUAUCUUUGCAGUCAGCAUGACCUACAGCAUCACAUGUCCCAUCAUUACACCCUUUGGUCUACUUUAUGUGAUCCUGAAACACAUGGUUGACCGAUACAACAUCUACUAUGCAUACGUUCCCACAAAACUCAACCAGCGCAUCCACAGAGCCGCCACCAGCCAAGUCAUCGUGGCCCCCAUCCUCUGCAUAUUUUGGCUGCUCUUCUUCUCAGUUCUCAGAUUAGGUCCAGUGCAUCCUAUCACCCUCUUCACUUUAGCUUCUCUCAUCUCCUGUAUUGCCUGUUGCCUUUUCCGACUGUGCCUUAGGAAGACACCAGACAAGUCAAUGAGCUACCAGAUGUCUGAUCAACCAGCAGAGGCGACUUUCACAGAUGCAGACAGGAGCACCGUGACAUCCACCACUGCCUCCAGUCUGUUUGUGGCGUCUGUCCUGCUGGAGCCAGAGUUGGCAUUAACACCGAUGCCCUCCCCAGCUCACCACAGCUACGGCGCCAUGUCCAGCUCUCAGAGUUCAAAUCACAGCCCCGUGGCAGAGGCAGAGGGCGAGGAGGCCCGUGCCCAAACCCGUGAAACUGAGCUUCAGGACACCCACUGCUCCAGCCCUCUCAUGGACAGCCCCGUGGGCUACCAGUAACACCCCAAAACUGAUGUCAACACAUCCUUUUAGCUGGUAAACACAGACGAUUAAAGGCUGCAAUGCUGAGUUCUGACCCAACACUCAGGCUGCAGCUUGAAGGGCUUGAUUGAGCGGCUGAAUAACCUGACAGGAGGAGGAACUGAGAGCACAGAGGAGCGGAUUCCAAAAAUGGUCCAAACAUUGCUUCUCAUAAAUACAUCAACAGCAACUGUAUCCAGCUUGUACAGAUUAUUCCAGUUUAACUACCAGAUGUUCUAUGAUUGUGUCUCUAAUUUGCCUAAGAAAGGCGUACAGUAGGCAUUGCCAUUUGGAUUUAAGCGGAGGUGAAAGCUCCCGUCAGAGUAGAUGGUGUGAAGCAGGCUCGCCCCGGCAGACUGACAGAGCGGUCUGAGCACGGGUGAUAUACGGUUCCUCUGUGAGGCUGAGGGUGAGGGCAGAUAGUUGUGAAGCCAUCUGCAGUGAGAGAGCAGACAGACGGAGGACUGGAUGUAAUAUAUGUACAAUCUCUCUCCACAGAAGCAGAAGCAGCUUGACUGAGCCUGAAGCUCAUUUUAAUCGUUUUUUUAAUUUAGCAAUUCUAUUUUGCUUUAGCGUUUUUUGUGUUGUUGAUGUUGUGCUUUGGGUAUAAGGUGGGACACAGCAUUUCCUCGAAAGAAUUAUUAUUAGUUUAUUUUGUAAAUUUUGUGUAUAUGAUCAAAUCAAGUUUAUAUCUUAUUUACCGGUAUAUCCAGUUUUUUUAUUUAAAAUGCUAUUUAACUUUAUUCAGUUUACACACAAAUUUUACAUUAAAAAAUUUAAGAAUUUUCUUUUUUUAAAAUGUGGUUGCAUUAGAAAUACAACUAAGGCACAAUUUUUGAUUCUACGUGAAAGGAAAAGAAAUAUUCAUUUUUCUGUAUUUGCCAACUGACAAAAAAUGAUUAGUCUACUUUUUUUUAGUACGUGUGCACAGGAAAAAGAAUGGCUAACAAUAGAAACCAUCAAGAAAAAAACACAAUAACAUUACAUUUAAAUAUUAUUAAUUAAAUAAAGUAUUGGAUCUACUAUGUCUUCCUUCCAAUUGACUACAAUAAAUCAGAAUAUAAAAUCUCAAAUAUGACAGUAACCAGAAGUGAUGUUCCAGGAUGUCAGAAUAGUUCCUUGGCAUAGACUCGGCUCUGUAACGUCCUUCAUCAGACAUCGAACUGUCAAAACAUCACGCUUUUAGUUCAAGCAUGACAGUGACCUAACUAAAGAUGAGGUCCAUCAAGGCUCUGGACUGGGGUACCCAAAUUUUGUUUUAAGAAAAAAUCCAAGAAGAGAGCUGUAGUUUGGAGUUUUCAAAAAUAACUCAAUAUCAAUUGACUGUUCAUUUCAGUUUUCUUUGAAUUAUAGACUGGUCUUUUUUUUUUUUUAGCAGUGGGCAAACACACAAAAAGUGUAUCCAAUUUAGCUUUAUAUGUUCAAACAGUUAAAAAAAAUUGGCACAAUAUUCCAUUGAAGGUGUUGAAGAAUUGAAUUGUUCUUCUUAUUAAGUGAAACUAUAAGAUUCAUCCUCUGUUCAAACUGAAGCCAAUAUGUUUGCAAUGUUAAAAGUGGAGAUUUAUAGAAACUAUGUUUUGCUGUUAGCCACAUUGUUUACUGUAUGUCCAUUAAUUUAUUGCCAUUUGUUUGACAUGCUGCUAAAACAAUAAACUUCAAACAUCCCCAUUCUUAAUUGCACUUUCAAUUGCUUUAGCCUCAUCAGCUUUCUUUGUUUAGCUGUUGGCUAAACUGAAAUUUGAGUCAAUCUGUAUGUCUACGGGUUCUGUUUGUUCUUAGGGAUGGGAGAGUUUCUUGUUGAUGUAUUUUGGUGUGCCUUGAAGGAACUCCUUGUUAUUAAAUGACAAUCCAGCAUGGCCUGAAAAAUGCUGCAUGAACGCAAAACCUAAAGAAAACGACCUAGACUCUUUCAGAAUAAAAGUACAAGCGGAGGCACGUAACAAGGUACAAAUCAUAAAUAUUAAUAGGACAUUUUGAAUGUUUUGAAUUAGUGAAUUUAUUUCAUGUACAUUU